AUGCCAAGAUGCGAAAAGGUUUUAGCUGGCCGGGGAAUCGCCUUCGGGCGACGGUUUUUUGGUAAGUAAAUUAUUUGAAAAAAUGUAAUCUUGAGCUUCUUUGUUCCGUUAAUUUAAUUUUGUUAUAUUUCACGGCAUGCUGAAAAAACUCGGAUGGUUCGUUUAGUUCGGUCGGACUUUCCAGGCAAGAAAGGUAAUUAUAUUUUUUUUUAUGCGAUUCCUGCUUUUCGAAAUUCCUCGUUGAGCGUUCUUCAAUAAAACUAAAUUCUUUUCAGUGCGGAAGAAGCUGAUCUGAGAGAAGCACAAGAACAAGGUGCUGGCGAUGUCAACGAAACAACUAUUGAUGAAGAACCUUCAAAUAUUGAUGUGGUUGGAUGAAAUAUUUAUUGAUGUGUUCUUUAAGGUGUUUUAACUGUCACAUAGGCCAUUCCGCGACAGCUUGUCACGUUUUUCUUUUCGCCAAAAAGACCGUAUAUAUCAAAUUUCUGCUUUUAUAACGGCAAGAAACAACGGUCUUGAAGCGAAGUUGGUGAAAUUUGACCUGGCCUUUUGGCGGAAAGAAAAACGUGACGAGCUGGCGCGGAUUGGCCUAUAGACAUUUGUGUCUACUUUCCAAAUCUUAACACGCUGUCUCUGUAAUUCUCAAAAAGAGUGGGUACAAUAGAAAAAAUAUUUUUUGGUUUUGAGGAAACUUCACCCGCUGUGAUAGUCUGUCAUCAGAAAUGCCGACGCAAGUUUUCAGUCCGAUUCCUCCUACCGUAGCUAGGUUACGGUAGGCAGGUGCGUCUUUUCGUAUUUAGGAAACUAUGCGUUCUUUCUAGGAAUACCUACCGGUCAUCUCGGAAAAUCGCUUCGAAGAGGCUCAACUUGGCAUCUGUCGGGGAAAAUCGCCCGCGGUUAGAGAUUUCUACCUCUCUUCUCUCUUCAGAUCCGGUGCUAGAGUUUUUUUCAUUUGAUAGAGCAAGGUUGUACUUCACAGAUGAUAGUGUUUCCUCCGACUUUCAGCCUACCCUUCUCACAAAAAAUUCAGUUUGAAGCCGAUUUUGGCCUAAAAACAACGAUUCUCAGAUUUCAACGAUUUUUCCUGAGCUCAGUCCUACGGAGAAGUCGGAGGAAACACUAUCAUCUGUGAAGUACAACCUUGCUCUAUCAAAUGAAAAAAACUCUAGCACCGGAUCUGAAGAGAGAAGAGAGGUAGAAAUCUCUAACCGCGGGCGAUUUUCCCCGACAGAUGCCAAGUUGAGCCUCUUCGAAGCGAUUUUCCGAGAUGACCGGUAG